AGAGCCCGCUUUGCCUCACUGUCCUGUCGCUGAGUAAUAAACAGAGUGUUUCAGACCUGAUACUGGGACAAACCUGAGUGCAUCACAAAUGGCUCAAAGUGAUGGCAGCUCAUAUUUCAGGAGGUGCAGUCUCUUCUGGAUAGUAACUGUAACUCUGUCCAUGGGUUACUACACGUGGGCAGUGUUUUGGCCACAGCAUCUCCCUUAUGACACUUUGGGUCCAUUCGGAGCGUUCACAAAGUACCUGGUCGAGGAAUAUCACAGUUUCAUGUACAAGGGAUGGUGGCUUGCUUGGGCUAUCCAUGUGUGUGAAGCUUUGGUGGCACUGAAAGUAUGCAGUGAUAAAGGCAUCGACAGUCCAUCAACUCGGCUCCUGUGGUUUGUUCAGACGUUUUUCUUUGGCUUUGCAUCUCUGGGUUUGCUCUUCAAAUAUAAGGCGGGUGGUCAUGCCAAACGGCACUGAGCAGCUACAGACGUACGCUGCUCUGAAAUGGAACGCUAUUUUCCAAUGGAUAAAUCAGGAUUAGAGUCUUCUAAUCAAAUACAAAUAUGUGGACCAUAUUUCAAAAACAGAUGUAGAACUACAUAGCUCUAUGAAACAGGAUCUGAUAUGACCAAGUUCUGGGCAUGAACACAACCUCUUAGAGUAACAUUCCUGACAAGAAUACAUUUUAUUUUUUUUAAUGGAAGAUUUAAAUACUAACCUCCAUACACAAACUAGAAUUAUUAGUUUUACUGUCGAUGCUCUUCCAAGUUAGAGACCCAGUUUCAGAGCAAUGAAAAUGCGUGCCUUCGACUCGUACCCAGUUUUCUGGGUCUAAUAAUUUCUUGAUGGGGAUAAGUAACCGGAUAUGUCCUUGCCCAUAAUGGCAUCUAAAGUCAACCAGUUAAAAUUGUUUUAAGAUUUGAAUUUAAGACCCUGUUGUUCCUUGCACCGAAUGUGACUUGGGGUUUAAGCACUCACUGGGUGGGAGUUUCAUCAUUUUAGUUUGGCAGUUAGCAAUUUCACAGAGCCAUGAUUCACACACUAUAAUCUAUGCCUUCACCCACGUAGAUUAUUGGUGCUGUCACAGAUUAGAGAACGGGCCACCUGAAUGGAAAAUGUGUACGGUAUGUCAAACACUGGGAUAAAAUUGGCAAACAUGAGUAGGAAGGGGUUUUUUUUUUUUUUUUUUUUUUUAAAUUGUACUGAGCACAAUUGCUUUGGAAUAUAGAGAGGUUGCUUCAAAUGCCUUUGUGUUAUCAGACAAGCUUGAACACAAUGACAGUCAGCCAUACUGACAAAGUUUGUCUCUCUCCUGAUUUUAUAUUUUACCCUUAAUCAGCUCCUCACUGAAAGUUAUAUAUUUAAUAAUUCAACUUUUUUUGGAAAUCAGAGUUACAAAUAAUACUUAGCAAUAUUUUAAGCAAUAUGUUGAAUAGCCCUUUUGAUAAGAACUUUUUUGUGAUUACUUGAUAAUGUAGGUCAGCUUCUUCCAAGAAGUUCAGUAUUAAACUGGAUGAGGCUGGUCUUAACCGGACUGUUUUCCAGAAUGCCCUCAAUUACUCACUGAACUGAAUUUGCAUCACCUUUUGAAGUGAAUACUUUUGCAUACCAGAAGAUUGCACACUGCCAAAUAAAAUAUACCUAUGCAAACCAUUUGGUGCAGUUUCACAUUAGAUUUCCUGCAGAAUCAGUCUCAUGUAUUCCAGCUAUAUAACAGCAGGGCACCAGUCUGACAUCCGCUAUUAAUCACAGCACAGUGGCUGGAGUGAAACAUCAGGUUACAGGUUUUACAGAUGUGUGAUGCUCAGCAUUCCUGACACAGAAAAAGAAUUAAAGUGGUUUAAUAGGUUUAUGGGAAUAAGGAAUGAAUUGAAUGAGAUUUUUAAAAAUAUUGUAGCGCUUGUAUGCAAUGGAUUUUUAAUUAUAUACUAUUCAUAUGUGUAUUAGGUGUUCAUAAUAAAGCCUUAU